AAUUUUGUUUGUUGUAUUUUGCAUAAAGUUAUUUAAUACAAAAAAAAAACAUUUAAAAAGAAAACUGGCUUUUUAUACAAACCCAAAGAAAAAUCUCGAUUCUUCAUUUUCCCUCGCGCCUCAGCUUCUUCUUCUCCGUCGCACGUGAGACGCACCUAAUUGACUUAAAAGGAUGAGCGAGCUUAUUUUCGAUGACUUUUUUAAGAUUGAAGAAAUAGACCCAGAUGGUAAAAAGUAUGACAAGGUUUCUCGGAUUGUUGCACGAAGUGAGAAGUAUGGCAUGUACAUGCUUCUAGAUGUAAAUACAGAGAUUUAUCCUAUGAACAGAAAGGAAAGAUUCUUGUUGGCUUUGUCUCCAUCUCUUGUUUUAAAUACCAAGGACGGCCCAGUUUCAAUUCAAGAAAAGUUUGAAUACAUCAUGUAUGGAAGGUUAUAUGACAUUACAGCUGAUGGACUUUCUCGUUCUCCACCUGAAGUAGAGGUAUAUGCAUCAUUUGGUGGACUUCAGCUGAUGCUGAGAGGUGAUCCUUCCCACUGUGUCAAGUUUGCGGUCGACCAGAAGUUGUUUUUACUAAUAAGGAAGCUUGAAACUUGAACUGCUGAUCGUUACCUGUUGCUGAAAAGAUAAACACUAGCAACAAGUUUUAAGUGAUUUAUUGGUAAUUUGUAGUAUGUAUUUUAGGAGAUUAAAUUUUCGUUUUGAAUGGUUCUCUGAAUUGUUUGAGUAUAUUAAUUUUUUAGAUAUGGAAAUACUCUCAAAUUUAGAAGCUAAUUUAUAUUUGUUUA